AUGUCUUUUCUUGGGUUUGGAGGCAAGCCCAAUGCUGCGGCGCCGUCGGCGGCUAUGAAGCUGGAGGCAGCCGAGACAGAGCUCGACAUGGUGACUGACAUGUUCAACCGGCUGGUGGACAGCUGCCACGAGAAGUGCAUCAACAAGAGCUACUCGGAGGGCGAGCUGAACAAGAACGAGGGCCUGUGCCUGGACCGCUGCGUGGCCAAGUACUUCGACGUGAACGCCAAGAUCGGCGAGCAGAUGCAGAAGAUGGGUCAGAAUUUCAUGGGCGGUGCUGGCCGCUAG